AUGGACGAUCUUGGCGAUUUGAUUUGGAGUUCCACUGGUGUAAAGCCUCCCCCCGUUCAACAGCAACAGCAGCAAGCCUCUUUGAAUUCUCUAAGAGGAACAACGUCUUCGUUAUCAACACCCUCAUUAUCAAGAACCACAUCCACAACCUCUUUAGGCAACAGUAUAAACCGUGGUCCUUCACCCAAUACGACAAAGACAACCAGCACAAACUCUAUAUCAAAAGCGAAAAUUCAGUCUAAUCUUGAUUCGCUUGGGGAUAUUCUAGGGAAUGUCGGAACCCAGCCUCAAAGAACGCAGACGCUAAAUGAAUUAAAGACACAAACUUCUCCCCAACCACAACCAGUGAAGGGUGAUUUGUGGGAUCUAGACUUACUCCCAGGUCUUUCACCGAAUCCAACAACAAACAUCUCGCCAGCUCUCUCUGCUUCGCCGAGCGCCAAUCUCUUGCUUGAUUUAGAAUUCGACGAUUUACCUAAACCAGUACAGGCAUCCAGUCCUCAACCCACUCCUCAACAAGUAGUAAAGCCGCAAGCAGUAAAUGACGAUUUUGAUCUCCUGCCUGGGCUUUCAUCGUCUUCGACGACGCAUAAGACCGGGAAACCGCCACCGCCUAAACCCGCAAGAUCUACUGUAUGUGAAUGGAAUGCAAAAAAAGAUAAACCUCGUUUGGUGGAAAAACCCUCAAAGGAAUCAAACGAUCAUUUGAUUGCACAGAUAGUGGAUAUGGGUUUUACUGCUACGGAAGCUCAGAAUGCAUUAGCUGCUACGGCUACCGGAGUAGAUGUAUCGUCAGCCGUGGAAAUUCUCGUACAACAACGGGAAGCAGAAGCUGCUCUCGGGCACAAAAAGACCAAGGAGAGCUCGAAGUAUCCGCAACCGAAGGAAUUCUCAACAGAUUAUGAUAGUGAGGAUGAUCCUGUAUUAGGACCGCGGCCGGACCGUCUCAAGAAUAGAAACUUGCACAUGACGAAAUCACGUUCACUUAACAAAAAUAGUUCUGAUGGAGAGAGCAGUGACCUAUCUUCUUCUUCUUCCAUGUCAUCAUUUUCGAAUGCUAAUUUUCAGCAACAAAGAGAGAAAUUACUAUCGACUGCAAGCGAACUAGGAUCCUCUGCAUUCAAAAUGGCUAGUGCUUUUUAUCGGACAUCAAAGGGAAAAGUUAACAAAGCUAUAGAAGACUUUCAACAGCAACAGCAACAAGAGGCAGAAGUGGGUAACAGAAAACCGAAAUGGUUACAAGACAACGCAACGCGCCGUGAUUCAGAUGUGCGGGAUGACGAGAAGUAUUCUGCAUUCGGAAGCUUCCGAGACAGUUCCGAUGAUGAUAGCAGUGAGGAUGAGACGCCUGUGUCAUACAAGUCCGCUCGCGAAAAUUCAAGGUUUAAAGAUAGCAGUGACGAUGAGAUCCCGUCGGGAAGACGUAGACAGCCUGCUAGACAACCGCCUGCACAAUCAAAGCGUAUACUCCAACCAAAACCCACAAAACCCAGCCCGCUUUCCUCAGACAAAGCUUACGUAUCGCCGGCCCGACAUCGCACUCCUCAAAACACGUCCUCUACUCUAAAAGUUCCACCACAGUCGUUUACUCGCUCAAGAUCCACCCCUCCAACUGUAUCGAAUAAACCCAAAUAUCCUCCACGGCCUGUUGUGCAUGCUACACCAGAACAAUUACGAUCAUGUGAAAGUCACAGGAACAAAGGAAAUGAAUUUUUCAGAUUGGGACAGUUUGGGGCAGCCGAACAAAGUUAUUCGAGUGCAAUCGAUUCACUACCAUCAAAUCAUUUGUACAUAGUCAUGUCGUAUAACAAUAGAGCCGCAUCCCGAUUAAAGAAUGGGGAUCAUCGCGGAUGUAUGGAGGAUUGUUCACGCGUAAUGCAAUUGAUAGGAGAUGAUUAUGAUAAUCCGCCUCCACCUGGAAUAGAUAUAAAUCUCAAAGACCAGUAUGCAAAAGCUUUACUUCGCCGAGCGGCCUCAUACGAAGCAAUGGAAAAGUACACCCAUGCUCGUGAUGAUUAUGAAAAACUACUCAAAUCUGAUACGACCAACAGUAAGACAAUAAAUGAUGGCCUUCGCCGUUGUCAGAAAGCUGUUAAAAUGUUCUCGGGUGACAUGGACAAUGUUGGAAAGCCUCCAUCGUCAUCCACUAGCUCAUUAUCGCGUUCUCAGUCGCCCAAUCCUUCUCAAGCCGCCUUGACAGAUCUUUUUGCGCCUGUGAACACGAAUAAUACUUUUGGUACGGAACUUAAUGCCUUUGGUUUCGUAGAGACUGGUAACCCAUUUAGUACAAUAGCCUUUUCGUCUAGUAAUGUUUCAGCAGACAAUUCGAGUCCAGCUGUUCAAAAACUUCGACAUCAGAGACAACAAGAAGAACGCGAUGAUACUGAGAAAUUCCGUGUAAAGGACAUUGUGGAUAGCAAGUUGGUGAUGUGGAAAGCUGGGAAAGAGGAUAAUUUAAGAGCAUUACUUGGAAGUAUUGAUAUAGUAUUGUGGGAGGGGUUGGAAUGGAAGAAGAUUGGCUUGCAAGAAUUGGUUACGUCCGCGCAAGUUAAAGUCAAGUAUAUGAAGGCUAUUGCUAAAGUUCAUCCGGACAAGUUGAGUUCAUCGACUACGGUUGAGCAGAGACUUAUUGCCAAUGGCGUGUUUGCUACACUGAAUGAAGCAUGGGACGCUUUUAAACAACAAAAUAAUCUUUGA